AUGAGCGGUCCUCAACAUGCUUCAGGCGAGAAGUAUGCCGAGAGCAUGAUGAAUAUGAUGCUAUUGGAUCCACCGCGUUGGGGUUGGACUGCUAUGGGUGGCGUAGCCGAUCUGUUGCCUCCUCAUGAGAGGGCGCGACGAAAAGAGACGAAGAAGGCCUACUUGAAAUCGAAGAAACGUCAACGUGACAAGGCUCGUCUGGUGCCUACGGCCGGUGGCCAAUCAACAGCAGCAGCACAAACUCCUGCAACUCAACUUGCGCCAGAAAAGUCAGUUCCAGAUCCAGCCAGUAAGGAGAACGCUGCGCCAGAUCCAGCGACAAACUCUGCCAAAUCAGCGAAUUCCGAAAAAGAAGAUCAGGCACCAGCAGCCUCUCAUGUCAGCAAUCCACAGCCUCCUCCAACCGCGAAUGGUGAAAUUGAAAACAGUAAUUCUGCAGCGGAAGUGGCUCCGUCCGAUCAGCAAAAUAAUGAACCUGGGAACGAUGCUAUACAGACAGACCCAAAUGCAAAGCCAACCACUGAACCUGGCCAGGAAAAGGAAGCUCAACAAUCACCAACGGAAGCACCCGCCAUCGAGAAGCCACCAGUUGUGGAAAUGAAAUCUGCUUCGGAAGGACCAACCGUACCGGAUGUGGAAAUGCAAGAGGCCGAAAAAUCUCCCGAGAAACCAGAUGUGGAAAUGAAAGAGGCGCCAAGUGAACCGAAAACCGAUGCUGUAGACAAGGAUCCAAAUGUAAAAAUGCAGCAGCCGACAAUUACAGACAAUGCAACCCAGAAAGUGGAGGAGUCACAGCCAACAGCCGACCAAACAACCGAGUUGGCGUCAUCGAAACAACCGGCCGCCACUGAUGAACCUGGGAAGGCUGCUACUUCGAAUGAAACAGCCGAGGCAACUGUGGCCCAGAAUGAGUCGGCUAGCCAAGCAGCCGAGGGGACAGACAAACCACCAGCCCAAGUAGAGUCCGAAAAGCCGGAAACCGCCGUGACAUUGGAAGCGACAGCCGGCAAAGCAGCUGAGGGAAAAGAAGUAUCAACCGCUGAACCAACCGCUGUGGAUGCCGAAAAGCCCGGAGGACCACCAACAACGGAACCACCAGCUGGCAAACCCACCAAUGAGGCUGGUUCGGUCGCCCCCAAAGCUGACAAAAAUGUGGAGACCAACGGAGGACCAGAGAAAGUUUCAGACGCAGCAAUCCAGGAAUCCGACGAGUACGAGUAUGUGGAAGGGUCAGAUCCAAACUCAAAAGUAAUCAAAAUCAAAACUCUUCGGGAGGACGGAAGUCUUGAUUUGUACACCUACCACAGGGGAAGAGAGGGGAUGGAACCACGCGACGCAACAACCGGGGAGCUGCUUUGCGAUGUCCCGCAAACGGAUUCCAAUCACAAGUUUGAUGAACCGCGACUUACAUUGCAAGUCAACGUGUCCUUUCCUCUGAUCGACGAUGACGAGCUCCCUGGCAAAAACAUGGCGGACGUUCCAACGUUCGAAGAGACAAUUCCGUGGGACCUUUCUGACCCGACAACGCCCACUCCCAUGGCGUUCGCGGCAAGGACAGCGGAGGAGUUUGGGCUUUCGUUUGGACAGACAGUCGAUCUGGCUGUGGGCAUACAGGCUCAGAUUUAUCGUCACGUCCGAGAGCAUUGCGGAUACGCCGUCCCUGUUGCCAUGACAGACGGAGCUGGCUCGCAAAGGACCAACUUUCCUGUCUCCACUAUUUCUCGGAUGUUUGGGGAAGUAUGUGUCAUUGAAAAGGCGAUACCUGGAGCCAUUAUAGCAGAGGCUACGAUCGCUGGCUCCAAGGGCAAGUCGAAGGCAUCGAAAUCUUCCGGUGGGGCACACGGGUCGAGUUCCAGGAGGCACACUGGAGCCGGCUCUGGUAGUGCUGCUAGUCGUCCUGUUAGUGUUCCGAAACCAAUUUACUUCAACGAGACGGUGGACGAAAAGUUCGUGGAAGAGGUCAAGAAACGGAUGGUUCAGUUCUCGAAACAGGACAUUGCAAAGAAGGCGCCGCAUAUGACCCCCCCGACAGGGACACUAAAUAUGCGCGUGAACUAUGUGUGCCACAUCUGCCACAAGCGGCACAACCUCGUUGGGCAGUUUGCUUGUGGCCACAAGUCGCAUUACUAUUGCGUGAAUCACCUUGAGGCUCGCCUUGGACUCACGGCCAAGCAUGUGACUGAUAAAGUCGUCUUUGAUCAUUGCCCCAUCUGUGCAGCUACCUGUCUUUGUUCGAAAUGCGGACGAAGACGAGACGCACUCGCAAUUGAAAUGAAACGGAGGAGUGAGGCGCAAGGUGGAGCCGAUGCCAGCGACACAGUCUUUGACGACAUGUUCACCUGCUAUGCGAAGCCGAAACAACAAGAAAAGAUCUACGCCGCAACCCAACCUCAAAGACGCGAUUCUAUUGACUCGAAAGCGUCAGAAGAAUCAACAACAAAGCCACCGUCUGCUCCCGUUGUCGAAAAGCCGAAAGCGAAACCCAAGGGGAAAGCAAAGUCUUCGCACAAGUCCAACGAAUCAUCAAAUCGAAAGGGCACGAUUCCUGCCUUCUGUUCGAGGCCUACUUACAAAGCGCGACCAACCGAUUUUCCACGAGAAAUGCGCUUCAAGCAAGAUGUCGACCCAGGUACUUCGAUCGACUACCUUACCGUGUUCACCGCAGAGGGAACGUACGUGAAACAACCCGACCUUUCCAAGUUGGUCUUGCCCAAGAAAACCGACGAACCUGUAGAAGAUGGCAACGUCGAUUAUUGUUACACUUGUCGGAAACAUGGAAACCUCGUUUGUUGUGAUUUUUGUCCAAGGGCGUUUCACCAGGAAUGCCUGGAAGGCGAAGGGAACGAGGCCGGGAAUAAAUGGGAAUGUAGCGUUUGCCGCAAGGAAAAGGGAGACCUUCCUGAGUACAUACUUAACGGCGCGGAUUCACAACCCAUGAUAAGUGCAGAAUACGGAGCGCUCAAGUCAGAAACUGUGACUGAUAACUUGACGCAAAUCGACGUCCUAUGCAAAACACAUGAAAUGCUGGAGAAGCUAAUGCACGCCGACUUUGGGGCUCUUUUUGCCGUACCAGUGGACAGCAAACAAGUGCCAGACUACCCUGCGAUCAUCAAGAAGCCGAUGGACCUGGGAACAAUAGCAGCAAGGAUCAUCAACGGCAGCUACAAGAAAUACUUUGAAGCAAAUCGAUCCUGGGACGACAUUCAUUUGGCAAUAUUGAAAGACAUUGAGUUGGUGUGGCACAACUGCUUCCACUACAACGUUGAAGGGAGCUCUAUCUAUCGCAUGGCAGAGGUUCUUCGGCGACGCAUGGUAGCAAUGCGAGCGCGGAACUUGGAUAUCCAUCUGAGCGAAACUGUAAGAAAGAAGGUCGACGAGUACGUCAAGAGCAAGGCAACCGAGCGGGGAAAGAUCUCGAUCCCAGCCAAUCUCGACUGGCGGCCAAAGUCGCCAUACGAGAUUGAUGUUCCGGCACAAAAGGGUGGAACCUCCAUGAAGGUGGCAGUCCUUGAUCCUGACACCGGUAUGAUCGUAAAGAUAUAUACUGCGGGCAGUGCGGCGUUGAAGGCAGCGAAGUGGAUGUACGACCAUGGUUUGAAGUGUGAAGUUACUGUCUCCACGUUCACGGUCAAGACCCAGAUCAAGAAAUCGGCGAGCGAACCUUCAUUGACUCUCUUUGGAUACCGCUGGCUUUAUUUGGACAAGCUUCGCGAAGGCAAGGUUGUCUUCUCGGAAGCUGAAAAACGUAUAUUCGAAAUGAUUGACGGCGAAUCCUCUUCUAUCUUCAUGUCGAUGGACGAAGCUUUAUCAGAUCCUCGCCUUCCUGAUGACAUUUCACGGCCCGAGCUGAAGAAGGCUCUGCUGGACCUACCCAAAACAGGAGAGGUUACGUUCGCUGGAAGGACGUGGCGGAGACUCGAAUUGAGCCGUAAAGAAGUUCUUCUGUCGUCAUUCUGGACCGAAAACGGUCCAUCUCAAGUGAUUGACUCUACCCGUUGCUUGUCACCAAGCGCCACGAUAGCCAAGGAGGACGUUGUUCUGCGCAGGACCUUGGGUGGCUACGAGUCACUUGACGCAGCCUUCGAGGAUUGGGUGGUAAUUUGCAAGAACUCCCCUUCUGUUCCUGACGACGAGAUCAGCAAAGCCAACUUUUGCAACUACUACUUGAACGGGGAUAGGAAUGUAGACGGCAUUAUCUGGAAAACACUUGACAGAGACGACAUGCACGCAGACGACAACAUGCAUACUGAUGAGACGCAGGCAGUAGCUACGAAGCCAGUUGAACCUGAAACGCAAGACGUCGAUUCAGUGAAACACGAUGGAACCGUCGUAUCUGCUGACCCUCAAAGUGUCGCCACAGCAAGUAGUGAGACGCAAGAAGCUGUGGUUGCCAACAUCCAGGUAGAAACUGCACGAGAAAACAUCCCGGCCCAGCCCUCGCUUUCUUCCGAAGAGACGAACGGCCAGCUCGUUGUGAAGCUUCCCGAGGAGUCGAUGGGAAAGACACCGCUUGGGGCACCCGUGUUGAACGCCAACGGAAAGAGAGAAAGGAGCGAAGAGGAGGUGCUCCAGCCACGAAAGAAGUAG